AGAGUGUACGUCCAAAACAAAAACAUUAGUCACUAUCGCAAAUCGAUAUCGCAGCUUCCGCGGAAUUCAACUCGCUCCCGAAAAUGUUCACACACCUGUCCGGGGGCCGUGCCAACAUCCAGCUCAUCCAGGAGGCGGCCGUCCGCGAGCUGGUCGAGAUACUGGACCGCUGCGAGGGAACCAAGGCCAUCAUCUGGGACGAAUCGCUGGGUGGGCCGGUGGGGCUGGUUGCGCGAUACACUUUCCUGAAAGAGCACCACGUCACGAAGAUGUACCCGCUGCGGCCGGAACCGUGGACCGACAUCGACGUGAAGAACAUUAUCUUCAUCACACGGCCCAACCAGACGCUGAUGGAUUACAUCGCCAACAACAUUCACGAGGAGGAGCGCAAGAAGAAAAUUUCCCGCAAGGAGUACUACCUAUACUUUCUGCCUAAAAAGUCCUUCCUGUGUGAGAAGCGACUUCAGGUGAAGGGCGUGCACGGCAGCUUGGCGCACAUUGGCGAGUUCCGGUGCGACUUUUUCCCCUUCGACAACGAUCUGCUGUCGAUGGAACUGAAGGAUGCCUACCGGGAUCUGUACCUUGAGGGGGACACUUCUAGCUUGCAUCAGUCAGCAUGCGCGUUGAUUGCUCUGCAGAAGCUUUUCGGUCGAAUUCCGAAAGUUUACGGAAAGGGAAGCUGUGCGCAGCGUGUUUGGGAACUGACCAAAACCAUGGCCGAUGAGGACGAAACUGUGCUCAACAGCGACAAGGGGGUCGUUGAUCAGAUGAUCAUUCUGGACCGGUCGAUUGACCUGAUGAGCGUGCUGGCCACGCAGCUCACGUACGAAGGGCUGAUCGACGAGAUCUUUGGCAUUAACAACACGACAGUUAAUCUGCCCUCGGAAACGUUCAACACUGGCGAAGGUUUCACCGUCGAGCGGAACACUGAAAAAAGUCAAUUCAUUCUGAACUCCAAAGAACAGCUGUACGCCGAACUGCGCGACAAAAACUUCAACGCCGUAGGAGCCGUGCUAUCGCGGCUGGCCAAAUCAAUCCGCUCCCGUGCAAACGAAAAUCACGGUGAAAAGUCCAUCCAAGAGCUCAAAAAGUUCGUCGAAAGCCUGCCCCACAUCAAAGCGAACGAGCAAUCGCUGGCAACGCACACCAAAAUUGCCGAACUCAUAAAAGAGGUCAUUUCCUCCGACUCGUUUCUCGACGAACUGGGCUGCGAACAAGAGUUCAUGAUGUGUGCCGACGUAGACAAACCCAACCCGUUCAUUGAAGAUCUGAUCGCGAAGCAAGCACCCCUACGCAACGUACUUCGUCUAAUGUGCAUGCAGUCGAUAGCCGGAUCCGGCCUCAAACCCAAAGUGCUCGAAUACUACAAACGCGAACUGGUCCAGGUGUACGGCCUAUCAACCCUCCUAACCAUCGGUAACCUAGAAAAGGCAGGCCUCCUCAAGCCCCAAACCGGCACCCGCACGUACGCCGUCCUGCGUAAAACCCUCAACCUAACAGCGGAGAAUCCCGAAGAAGUGUCCCCAAAAGACAUCACGUACGUGCACAGCAUUUACGCCCCCCUCUCGAUCCGGAUCGUCGAGCAGCACCUCAAACCGAACGGCUGGCAGUCGCUGAAUGACGUCCUGUCCUGCCUUCCCGGGCCAACCUUCGAGGACUUUCAACCCGCGAUGGCGCUCAACAGUCGCCGCGGCUCGUUCACGUCGGAGAUUUCCCAAUCGGACAUUCCGCGCGUCAUCGUGGUGUGCUUCGUCGGGGGCUGCACGUUUGCGGAGAUUUCGGCGCUGCGAUUCCUGGCCCAGCAGGACGAGAACAACGUGGAGUUUGUGGUUUGCACGACCAAACUGAUUAACAAGAACAGCUUUCUGGAUACUUUUAUCGAGAAGUAUUAGGCGUUACGAGUAUUUUAAUCACCAUGCGUAUAUAUUUUAUAAUAUAUUAUUCCAUUAUAAA